AUGGAGAAGAAGAUCGUCUCUCAUCAAGACCGAGACCCUCAGAACAACAGCCAGCACCUCUUCAGGCUACUUUCUCCUCCUCAUCUUCAUCCAUCGGCUCCUUGUCUGGUCCGUCCUCUGUCAGAUCAGGUCUACUCACAGGCAGCAGCCAUUUUCCAGCAGCUUCGUGCAGAGAAACCAGUCACACAUGAACUUCUGCAUUAUGAAAAAAAGACAGACACGCCACUGCCUGCGAGUGGAGACAAAGCCACGCAGCAGCGGGCCUACCAGCUCGCCUUCAACACACUCAAGUAUCAAGAUUUACUCGAAAAUGUCAUUACUGACAGUUGCUUCCACACAUCUCAUCAAAUUUGCAGUGACUUGUUGCCGUUGGCGAUGGUGAUGCUGUUUGACUUCCAGGACAGAAAGUUUCUGCCUCUAAAACAGUCCCUGCAGGAAGGACAAGAGACUAUCCAGGAAGUCAGAGACCUGGACAGGAGUCUCCAGAAGUGGAAGAUCAAGCUGGCAGCAUCCCUGGCUCGGUACAGAGUAAAACAGAAUCUGUGGAGCGUCUCCUGUUAUCUGUCUGAUUCUGUCAGGACCAAACAGCACAGGGCAAAAUGCCUGCCACUUUAUGCAUGGAUCAACACUCUCAAGACCAGCGUUAAAGAAGUGUGUGAGGCAUUAAAAAGUGAUGGCUUGGGCGAGGCAGAGAAUAUGACCAACCUGAGGGACUCAACUUUCACCAGAGACCCUCUCUGUCCAGACACGCUCGUCUUCUCCCAGCAUCUGCACACGGUGCUCCAGUUCAGUCAACUCACCAACACACAUGUGCUGAACAUACAGGACAGGAGUGUGUGUGUGGCAGUGAGCGUAUUAAAGCCCCUGCUGUUUGAUAAAGGAGACGUUUUGGUAGCGGGCUUCUUCUCGGCUGUGACCCUGGCUCAUAUAGCCGUCGUGGCUACUGCCCGCUCCGGCCGAGUGUUGGUGUGCGGCUCAGAUCACACACCUUCACAAGUAGAGGACAUGCAAGAGAUGCUCAGACAAAUGGAAAUAAAAAAUGUUCGAGUCCUGUCAGAGGCAUUCUGCAGCCUGGAUGAGUGGAACGCCGCUGUUCAAAGGUUAAAGGUCAUCAUAGUGUUGCCUCAGUGUUCCUCCUCUGCCCUCAAUGAUCCAGUGGCCACCAUGCUCAGUGAACAUGGAGACUGGGAGCUACUGCCAGACUUGUCUCAUGGUUCUGUUUCCAAGAGCAAAAUAUAUUCCCUCACAACCCAGCAGGCCCGACUGCUAGCACACGCUCUCGCCUUCCCAAAAGUCCAGACAGUGGUCUACUGCACGCGCUCAGUGUAUCCCGAAGAAAAUGAACAGCUAGUGGGAAGAGUGCUAGAGAAAACACACACUCACACCAAACUGCUUCCUUUCAGGGUGAACGGUCCAAUUUUCCCAGCUGAAGCCCCGUCAGGGGACACAGCAGACUCCAAAUUCUUCUGGCUCAAACCAUCUCAUCUCACCAACGGCUGCUUCAUCGCCAGACUGUCGCGGCAGGCGGAUCCAACUAAGGUAGAAACCGUUCAGGAUGUGCUUGCAAGAGCAGUAGCAAAGGGCCUCUUGGGUGACAUUAAUCCUGACCCAUCAAAAACCAGUAAAAAGGGGAAAAGCAAGAAGAAUCGAGCUGCUUCAGCUACCAGUCAGCCUUCAUCCCCCUCCAGCCAAGAGAGGCUGGCAGAAGCAGAGCUUGAAAAUGGACAACGUCCAGAUGAUUCUUCAACAAAUGAAGAGGACAAAGAGGAGGAAGUCCUCCAGGAUAAGGAGGAAAAGGUUGGGGAAAUGGAUGACGAUAAGGGUGGUAAAAAGAAAAGGCGUAAACGGAUGGCAAAAAGACACCCAAAACAAACCAAAAAUGCUGCCACAGCCCAAAAGCAUCAAAGUAAAAGUCACAAGAUGAAACCAACAAAGAAAAAAGAGAAUCAAUCCCAAAACAAGAGGCAGCAGAUGAGAAGUAAACCAAGAAGAAUACCACGUCUUACGCUGGCAUUAAUCUCCUCAGCAAAACCCUCCAGCCAGUUGUCUCCUAUCACAGCUCUCGCACACAAGAUCAGUGGCAAUCAAGUGAUUAAGUCACAGCAGACAGACUUUAUGUCACCUUCACUCGUUGGCAAACAUCUCUCAACUGCUCGUCCUGUCCCACCUGCUUCCCUCGCAGCCUCCAAGAAACAAAACACUCAACCUAAAGGAGCAGAGAGGACACUGAAAGACAUCACUAAACCUCUGAGACAGAUGGCCAGACCAGGAAAUGUAGUGGGAACACAGGAAGAGGUGAAGGCUGCAGAUUUUGUCCUACCACCAAUUCCCCCUCGGCCCACUAGCACUCCACACAGCAACAGUGGUGUUUCUGUCCCCCAGGCCCUGUCUCAGACCUCCAGUUGUCAAUUAGCCAACAUGUCAGCAUCGUCAUCCUCAAUCUUCCUGCCUGGAUAAUAAAAAAAAAGAAAAAGAAGAAAGAAAACUAGGAAGCACAGCCACAUUGUAAUCAUUUAAUGAUGCUGCAGUCAAGGUAAUUAUAAAAGACAGAAACGUUUUCUUCUUUUUUUUUUUUUUUACAUUUAACAUUAAGCAGAUUGUUUUAUCUAACUUACAAAGUAUACAGUUUAUGAAUUAAAACUUUGAAAUGGGAUUUUUUGUAAUUAACCUGGCUGGAUC